CGUACGUUUAGGAGAUACGCUCUAACGAUCGGAUCGUUUGGAAACAACAAAAACUGUAAUAAGAAACUCAAUCAGUUGGAGUAAAUACGUCGCGCGAGUACGAAGAACGUAGCGCAUGGUUGUAAAUUGUAAUUCAAAACCUCAAUAGAAAUUUGUUUAAUAAAGUGUGAAAAGAAAAUAAAAAUUAAAGUUAAUUAAACAAACAAAAAUUUAUUAUUAUAGAGACUUAAGUAAACAGAAAAAAAAAUAUAUUAAGAAAUUCCAAAAUAAAUGAAGAAAAAAAGUGUAACAACUAAAAAGUUUAAAAAACGCAUUGGAAUGUGUUAAAGCAACGUAAGCAUUGCAGGAGAAAAAAAAGCGUUAAAAAAAGUGAUCAAUUUGUGAAAAUCAAAGUGCAGUUUUUUUUUCUUUCGUAUACUGGUAAACAGAGAAAAACCCCCACCAACACCUCGAAGUAUGGAUACAUACAACAUAUCAAUAUACUACAUAGUAUGUUUGAAUAUACAACAUAUCUGAGUGUUGUGUAUAAAGUUACAACAACAAAAACACCAACUAUACAACAACAAAAAAACUAAAGCACAACAAAAAAAAAAUACAAAAUUAGAGGGGACCCCAUAAUUUUUCUUUACGAAAUUGUACUCAUACAUUGCAAUGAAUAAGAUUUUUCAUACGUUUUCUAAACGUUUGUGUUCUAUCUAUUAAACUAUUAUUAAAGUGAGCCAAGUUCAAUAAAAUUGCUAGUGUAACAGUGUGUGUGUAUGUGUGUAUCUGUGUCUGUGUCAUUGUUAUCAAAUCAAAUGGCGCAAAAAAAGAAAAGCAGAAGAGUUUUACAUUAAUAAAGAUCAGUUAUGAAAUGAGAGAAAAAAAAGAAAAUUUAAUUUAAAUAACAACAUUAAUCUUAUGCUAAAUUAACUUUUUUUAUGAAAAAGAAAAAGUCAACUAAAUAAAACGGGGUCUAAACAAAUGCUUAAGUAUUGUUUGUAUUGAAAGUGUAUUAAACAAAUAAAUACUCAUAAAUAAAUAAAUAAAUAAAUGAAUGAAUAAAUAAUGACACCAUAUUUGUCAUACUAAUAUUUUUACUGCAUUAUAAUAAAUAACAACAAAUAAGAAUAUAUAUAACUUAUACAUUAAUAAAAUAAUAAUAACAACAAAAAAGAAAUUAUUACAAAGAAAUAGAAAGGCAAGUGAGAGGGCGAUAUUUGUUUAAAAAAAAAAAACUACAAUAAAUAAAUAUCAUUGUAAAUAAAAACAAUAUAAAUUUAUCUGUGAAUAACCCUAGUUAUUAAAAUAGAUAUACAAUGGAUAUAGAAUCGGAUGAUUCGGAGCGUUGGGAAGACUUUUUUGGUAGUUCAACAGAUUUAACACCCUCACUAUUGGGUAUCUACGAUUCAUUCACGACUGUUUUAGAUACAGCAACAUCUACGACAACAACAAAUACAACAUAUUCAACGAAUAAUCAUAAAACCUCAAACACCAACUCCACGUCCUACACCUCUUCCUCCUCCUCCUUUAAAACAAACUGUGAUAGUGGCAAAGAAACGAGUCUAGUAACAGAGGAUCCACCGGCAAAACCUCCCUUAGAUGCAUAUCUUAGUCGUUUGGAGAAAUAUGCUAAACAAGCUGAAUUAAAAAAUUCACGUAGCUCACAAGUUGGUGAAGAUUCACCACCCUUGGCAAAUUCCAAUAGUGGUAGUUGUAGCAGUAGCUUAAGAGGUUCCUUAGAGUCUGUCUCCUCCAAUGGUGGUUCUCUAAACAAACAUCGUACGAACAUACGUAUACUCUCGGCUAAUGUUCAACGUAUUAUCACACACUCUGAUGCUGAGGCUGUAGAUGCGGUAGAUAUUGAAGCCCUACAAUAUCCCACACGUUCUAGUACUCCCAUACAACAGCAGCAACAACAACAACAUCAACGUUUUGUUAAAAAGUCCUCCAGCUCUCCUAGCAGCCUCAGUAAUCAUAAGCACAAACUUUCCCAUAUACCUUUGUCGAAAACAACGGGUAAAUUAACCCAAACCGGCACAGAUUUAGUGGAAACUUUCAAUAAUGCUCUAAACGAAGACAGUGAAAACUUUCAACGUUUUGAUUUAAAGUCAAAAGGUUUAAGAAAACCCUCUACACCCGCCAUUUAUAACCUGUCCGGUGUAGAUGAUAAUAAAACUCCCACUAAUACCAUAGCAUUUAAUUUUGAUUGUACAGUGGCCCAUAAACUGGCUACACGUAAGCUAAGUCUGCCUAGAUGUAACUAUGAAAAAGACUCCGUUUUAGACAACAGCAAGACUAAUAUGUCUUUAGAGUGUCUGCCUACAGAAAAUCCCAUUACUGAGACCAUCAAUUUUGCAGUGGUCUCGCAGAACCUAAAAAAUCUCACCUUAGCCGCCAACUCUAAAGAGUUUCAGGCUCCCAGCAGCAAUGAAGAGCUUUUUAAAGCUCUCAACAAACCUGUGAUCUCACCCAAUGGCAAACGUAGUCCUACCCAUCAUCCUUUAUCAUAUGCUCGUUCUAAAAGUUUGGCCGCUCGCGAUUUUGCCCAAAAGAACAUUACCAUUAAACAAACGAAUACCCUGCCACGCUCACAAUUCCUCAAAGAUGAAGAACUGGAUGAGAAUCAAUUUUCAGCCGAAAGCUUGGAUCGUCUAUCGGACAUUAAAUCCAAGUUUUCACCCAAAGAAUCGCGUAAAAUGUCCAGUUUAAUGUUGCCCGAUAUAGCCAAACUAAAACACCGUCCUCUAUCAUCCUCCUCUAUAUGUUCCACUUCUUCUAGUUCGAGUUCUAGUUCAAGUACUGAUCAUUUGAGUGGUAAAUUAAAUACUUCAUAUUUGGCCAGUGUAGAGAGUUUAGCAGAUGAGCAUGAUUUAACGGAUCCACAUAGUGGUAUGUCUGUGUUUGAGAGAGCCUGCAUGGAAAUUGUAGAUUCGGAGAGAAGUUAUGUUAAUGAUUUGGGAGAAGUUAUAAGAGGUUAUCUCUUGGAUUGGAAAGAACGUGCCUGCUUAAAACAAGACGACUUAGAUGUAUUAUUUUCCAAUAUACAAGAUGUUUAUCAAUUUAAUUCAGAAUUACUUAAACAUCUAUCGGACUCCAUAUUGGAUCCGGUUAAAAUUGCCAAAUGUUUUAUUGACUUAAAGGAAGGAUUUGAUGUCUACACUACUUAUUGCACCAGUUAUCCCGAAGCAAUAUCACUACUUACCAAAUUAUUACAGGCCACUCACACCAAUGCUUUGUUGGCCUCCACCCAAAGAAUGCUGCAUCAUACUUUGCCUCUAGGAUCAUAUUUGCUAAAGCCCGUGCAAAGAAUUUUGAAAUAUCAUCUAUUGUUAGAUAACCUACGCAAACAUUGUGAUAUCAAAGAGGUAAUGCAGGCCUAUGAGAUAAUGCGUCAAGUAGCGCGCAAUAUAGAUCAGGUGAAACGUAAAUUGGAACAGCAAACCAGAGUUAAAGAACUAUCGGGCAUAUUAGAUGGUUGGUUAGGGCCAGAACUUACGGUUUUGGGUGAAUUACGUUUGGAGGGCAUUUUAAUGGAAAAUAAUAAACCACGUAGGGUUCUACUAUUUGCCACUAUGCUGAUAAUAGCCAAAGCCAAAGAGGACAAUCGUUUGCAAUUUAAAAGUUACAUACACCAAAAUAAUCUCAUGCUGAGCGAACACUUGGCUGGUGAACCAACUAGCUUUUAUGUAAUACCAUACGAUGAACCGCGCCACCAAAUCAAGUUAACAGCCAAAAAUCGUGACCAGAAACGCCUUUGGACUCAACACAUUAAAAGUGUCAUACUCGAAAAAUUCGAUAACAUUCCAUUACGAGCCAAAGAGCUGGUUUAUCAAUUGGGUGAUGAGGAAGAUCGCACAGCUGAUAAAAAUACCUGGAAAUGGAGUUUGCAUACAGCCUCCUCCACGCCCACUUAUUUGGAAAGACGCAACAAUUUCCGUCGCAGCGAAAUGCGCAAUCGUUCAAAAACAAAGCGCAAAACUAUUUCGAAUACCAACUCCUUGGAUGUGUUCAGUGAAAUCACACCCUCGAAAGAUGUUAAGAAUUUAAGCAAAUCCAUAUCCAAAAGUGCUGAAAGUAUAAAUGACAAAUCCUUAGCUACCAGAGAUUCAGCUUUAAUUGAAAAUGUAGAGCUUAGGGCUGAGGAAGAAGAGGCAGGUGAAAACUGUAGCUGUGCUAAAAACCAAAAAUGCAAAUUUUGUAUAAAUCGUGAUAAGGAGUCCAACAGUAAAUCGGUUAGACAAUCGCAUAAAACCUUCAGAUUCGGCAGUAAACCUUUAAAAGAACGCAGUAAGUCUGUGCCACGCAUUAGUCUGCAUAUCGAACAUUUCGAAAAGGUGGCCAGUGAGCAGGGUAAGGAGGCAAUUACAAGCUCCAAAGAAGUCAAAACUGCAAUAAAUAUUACACAAACCAAUGGCAAGACCACCUGUGCCAAACGCCUAUCUUCCCUUAAACGGCAAAAGAAUAAAACUAAAGAAACCUCUACUUUCUACAUGGCUCUCAGUGAAUUUGAAGAUGCUGGUGAAACGGUCCUGAAAAUCACCGAAUCUUCAGAAAAUAUUUUACACAAUAGCAAAUCGGAGGACAAGGAAUUGAGCAAAGAAAUGGCCAAAUCAACUAAUUAUCUUCCCGAUGUGGUAAUGAAGGUAGAAGAGGAUAAUAAUAUAAUGUCCACAUCUUUAACAUUAACACCAGCAGAAAAAGCCAAACAAGAUGCCGAAAUUGUUUUGGAUCUUCUAAAGAAUAGCAAAGAAUUUGAUAAACUCUAUGCUAAAAUACAAAAGAAACGUAAUUUGGAUAAAUCGCUGCAAUCAUCAAAAAGCCUGGACUUUAAACUCAACAAAACUAUGGACAAACUGGAAUUGCCACCAGAUUUGCCACCAAGACCUCCCUCCAGAUCUCCUCCUCCAUUGGAAAAUGAAAAAGAUUGCAUGGAAUACAAGUCCUUGACUUUGGAAACAGAAGAUGAACCCAUUUAUGAAAGUCUGCUAAGAAAUGUGCAUGUUCCCUAUAAGUUCUCACCUCCUCUGGGACGUUCUAAGUCAGUGCAAUAUAACAAGUGUAAAGAGAAUAAACCAACUAGUCCAAGGCCCGAAUCUGAUUAUGUCACUCUAGUGUAUACACCCGAGGGUGUGCUACACAAUGUGGGUGGUGAAGAAGUGCAUAAAUCUCCUGUCAAAACCGAAAGUAAUUUAAGUCAACACAGUUCAAAUGCCUCGUCUACGAUCACUCUUAAGGAAAGGGAUAGUUUUAACAAUGACUUACCAAGUGAACAUAAUUCUUUGGAUUGCUCCACACAAAUGUCUGCAAGUUUUCACUCCAGUCCCAUUUAUAGUUCCAUAAAUGAAGUUAAUCCCAAUCGCAGCCAUACUCCUCGCAGUCUACUAAAACGUUUAUGGAGUAAUUCGACUUUGAUAGGAGAGGAUUUGACUGGUAAUCGUUUAAGUCGUUCGGUACACAAUCUAGAGCGUAGAGGUUCCGAUAGCUCUGAAGUGGAUAGACAUUCUAUACUACAUCUGCCGGGCAGUGAGACUAUAGGUGAACGUAUGGCUCAUGUAGAUUAUGCUGAUCCUCGUACUCUCUUCAGCGUUAUCAAAUAUGAUGACGCCAAUCAAAUGCAAAGAGAUUCAGUCUUGUCAUUAACCUCUUCCAAUGACAGUGUCUGUGAGCAUAAACCUAGUAAUGGCAAAUAUAAAGAUUCUUCUCAUAGUUUCGAGUAUGAAGAUUGUGUUGAAGCCUGUUUGGAAAAUGAUUUUCGUGAUUCCGCUAUUUACAGUGAUGACAAUGAUAGGCGUUUGGAUAAAUCUAACUCCUUUCGCAACAGCAAAAAUCCUCCUCUAAAACCCAAACCCACAUAUGUGCCACCUCUUCCACUUAAAUCGCCCUUAAAAGUUGUCGAAACGAAUAAGGAUUUUUCCACAACCAAAUCAGCUGGACCAGGCGUUAUCAUAUGUCCACCCAAUUUAAGUCCCACUAGCACCCGUAGUUGGGUUCUACAGCAAAUAGAUAAUUUUAGUAAAUAAUUCUAUUAAAACCCAAUGCAAUAAACAUUUCAUUCUUAAUAUUUAAGCGUUGCCAUAACUAAUUAAAAAUUAUUUAAUGUUAAAUUUAAUUUAAUUAACGAAAGAAUUAAAAAUAUAAUUGUUUGUCAAUAUCCAAAGACUAGGGCUUUGAUUAACUCAACAUCAAAUGCCAUUAAUGUUAAAUUUUUAUUAUUAUAACGAUUAAUUUUUUAUAAAAUUUUAUUACAUAUCCAAUAUGUAUUAUUAUUUUUCUGUUAAAAUUAAGUAUUAAUAUAUUAAGAAAUUGCUACCUGUAUUUGUAACUUUGCUUAAACAAAAAGUCUGGUGGUAUAAAAGAAAACGUAUUCGAAAAUUAUUAUAACAUUUUUAAUUGUUUUACAUUAGUUGUAGCCAAUUUUAUAUAAAUUUAUUAAAAUGAAAAUAAAUUUUAUUAAUACUUAACGAAAAACAAUAA